GACGUUCUUGUGUCCUUCUCUGAAGGAGUGCUUAAGUUCUUUCAGCCAAACAAACUGAAAAUUACCGGCUUUCCUUCCAUUUCAUGAAACUUUAAAGAGAGCGUACCAAACAAUAAGAAGAUGGGUGCAAACGGAAGCAGCAUCAGUGAACUCCCGGACAACGAAUACUUAAAAAAAUUGUCGGGCCCGGAGGCAAUCUCGGAGAACGACCCGUUCUGGAAUCAGCUGCUUUCUUUUAGCUUUAACACCCCAACAAACAGCGCCGAGCUAAAGCUUUUGGAAGAAGCUGCCGUCUCAGUCUGCAAGUCUUUAGUGGGGAACAAUCCUCGGACAGGCAAUCUCGCCGCGCUGAUUAAAGUCUUCCUUUCAAGAACCAAAGAGUUAAAAAUUUCGGCAGAAUGUCAGAAUCACCUCUUCAUCUGGCAAGCUCACAAUGCCCUGUUUAUUAUUUGCUGCCUGCUCAAGGUGUUGGUCUGUCAGAUGCCGGAAGAGGAACUGCAGCUUCAUUUUACCUACGAGGAAAAAACACCAGGAACUUAUGGUUCGGAAUGCGAAGACCUCAUGGAAGAGUUACUGUGUGUCCUCAUCCAGCUGAUUGUUGAGAUUCCUCUUCUGGACAUAACGUACAGCAUUUCUCUCGAAGCUGUGACCACCCUAGUGGUUUUCCUUUCCUGCCAACUUUUCCACAAGGAAAUUCUGCGGGAGAGCAUCGCGCACAAGUAUCUCAUGCAUGGCCGAUGUCUCCCGUACACCAGCAGACUUGUGAAAACAUUGCUAUAUAACUUUAUCAGACAAGAGAGAAGCCCUCCGCCAGGUGCUCACGUCUUUCAACCAGAGUCCGAUGGAGGAGGACUACUUUAUGGAAUUGCAUCAGGAGUAGCAACUGGCCUGUGGACGGUGUUCACGCUAGGAGGAGCGGGAAGCAAGCGGACUCCUCAACAGGAAGAGUCUUCUCCUCUAGCCAACCAGAGCCUUCUACUGCUGCUCAUAUUAGCAAAUCUAACUGAUGCUCCUGACGCACCAAACCCUUACAGACAAGCUAUUAUGUCCUUUAAGAACACACAAGAUAGCACAGCUCUUCCGUCACCAAAUCCUCACGCCUUCCAGAUUAAUUUCAACAGCUUGUACACCACCUUGUGUGAACAGCAGAACCUGGAUCAAGCCACCCUCCUCUUAUACACUCUGCUGCAUCAGAACACCAAUGUCCGAACAUACAUGUUGGCUCGAACGGAUAUGGAAAAUCUGGUUUUGCCGAUUCUUGAGAUUCUUUAUCAUGUUGAAGAAAGAAACUCGCACCAUGUCUACAUGGCUCUCAUAAUUCUGUUAAUCCUUACUGAAGAUGACGGCUUCAAUCGGUCCAUUCAUGAAGUGAUAUUGAAGAAUAUUACCUGGUACUCAGAACGUGUGUUAACAGAAAUUUCCUUGGGGAGUCUCCUGAUACUGGUAGUAAUAAGAACUAUUCAGUACAACAUGACACGAACAAGGGACAAAUACCUUCAUACAAAUUGUUUGGCAGCUUUAGCCAAUAUGUCAGCACAGUUCCGCUCCCUUCAUCAGUAUGCCGCUCAGAGGAUCAUCAGUUUGUUCUCACUGUUGUCCAAGAAGCACAACAAAGUUCUGGAGCAGGCCACACAGUCCUUGAGAAGUUCCCUCUCUUCAGAUGGUUCUCCGCUUCCGGAUUAUGCGCAGGAUCUGAACGUGAUUGAAGAAGUCAUUCGAAUGAUGCUGGAGAUCAUCAAUUCCUGCUUGACCAACUCUUUGCACCAUAACCCUAACUUAGUGUACGCGCUGCUUUAUAAGCGGGAUCUCUUUGAGCAAUUUCGAACUCACCCCUCUUUCCAAGAUGUAAUGCAGAAUAUAGAUCUGGUGAUCAGCUUCUUUAGCUCACGCAUUGAGCAAGCCGGGGCCGAGUUGUCAGUGGAGCGCGUUCUGGAAAUCAUCAAGCAAGGCGCUGUCGCCCUUCCCAGAGACAGGCUCAGAAAGUUUCCAGAGCUGAAGUUCAAGUACGUCGAGGAGGAGCAGCCCGAGGAGUUCUUCAUCCCGUACGUCUGGUCGCUGGUUUACAACUCCGCCGUGGCCCUUUACUGGAACCCGCAAGACGUCCAGCUCUUCACCAUGGAUUCGGGCUGAGAGAGGGAGGGCCCGGCUCCCCGCCCAGUGCGUAUCUGUGGCCGGCCCCCCUCUCCCGGAGCACCUCCUUCCAACCCGGAGCCUACUAAGGAGGAUGCUCGUUUCGCCCAGGGUGGCCCCACUGCUCUUUUCGGGGGUGGGGGCGGGUCGGCCUCCAGGAGCCGGGCAAUGGGACGAGACCAGUCAUGCUAACUUUUAUUUGUAUAUUUUGUAAAAAACCAGGAGACUUUCC